AUGACAAUACCAAGUAAUAUCAUUCUCGAUAUCUCUACGUUAAAUAAGAAUAAUCCAAGAGAAUUCCAUUGUAAGGGUACCUACCAAGGUGUGCCUAUUGAAUGUAUAUACAUACCAGUUUGCAAUGAGGAUCGUUCUCAAUACUAUCACGAGUUUUAUAUGUCAGAUCGUUUAACUGCUUGCAGAAAUAUGGGCGUCUACUUUAAUAUGUUUGAAGCCACUUUGUCAGAAAUGAAUAUAAAUUAUAAGGAGGUUCCAUCAGAAAGAUCUGGCUUGUUUCUUAUAAGACAACAUUAUCCAAAUGGAUGUUUACGUGAUUAUGUACUUAAAAACAGAGUUAAUGGCAUAGACACAGAAUCAAUGCAUGCAAUACAGGCCGGAAUCAAUUUAUUUUCAAUGCUAGCUGAUGCUCACGCUUUAAACAUGUUUCUUGUUGGGAUUGAUACAAAGAAUAUCUUUGUCGAUAUUGAUGGUAGUCUACGCUUUUUUGGAUUUCGAUAUUCAUUCCAGAAGGGUAAGUCUGCAGAAAAGGCGUUAUGGAGUAAUUGGAGUGACAUUCGCUGUCCAGAGAACGCUUAUUUGAAUCAAAGUCCUAUUCAGAGAAAACCGACGUAUUUCUAG